AUGGAAGAGAUUACAGAUCCGGUUUCACUAGACGAUUUUAGCGCAGAAGCCAUGGAAAGCUGGGGAAUGAUGACGUUUCGUGAUUCUCUAGUGCUUUACACCAAUGGUGUGACUUCUGCAAGCAGCAAGGAGUAUAUUACCCUCGUCAUCUGCCACGAAGUUUACCAUCAGGAAUCCUCGAUCGUUCGAAUAUUCGAAUAUUUGGCGGGUGAAACGAUCUUCAAACGAUCACUUAUCGAAUGCCUCAACAAAUACGCGUACGCUAACUCGAAGGACUCACAUCUUUGGGAAAUCGUCCAAAAGUACACCGAACUCCUCAAUGAAAUUUUUAUUCAAGAUGUAGCAGAUACCCAUAUCAAGAAGGUCGGAUGUCCUGAGAUUUUUGUCACGUUAUCCGACAAGGAGGUCACUGUACACAUUCAGACUCUCUUUUUCUUCGAUGGUGCAUUACAAGCCAAUACCAGAUGGCCAAUUCCCAUACACUAUCGGGCAGACGAUGGAACCGAGUCGCAAUUACAAUGGAUAAAGCUCCACGAGAACAAAAGUGGCAUGCGAUAA